AUGGAUAUGAAGACUACAGAAGGGUUUGAGAAAGAGAUACAAAGUUGGAUAGAGGAAGGAAUACUUUUACCAUGGAAUGAGAAAGUAGAAAUAGGCAUAAUUCCGCUGAUGGCUGUUGUUCAACCUACGAAGAACAAGGUAAGACCUGUCCUUGACUACAGAGAGCUCAAUAAAUAUAUAAGUAGUCACACGGGGGGUGACUUCACGGAUGUAUGCGGCGAGACAUUGCGAGAGUGGAGACAGACGACAGAUGCAGCAACGAUUGUCGACCUGAAAGGUGCUUACCUUCAAAUUCGGGUGUCACAAGAUCUAUGGAAAUAUCAACUAGUGAAUUUCAAAGGUAAAACAUAUUGCCUGACAAGACUUGGAUUCGGUCUUACAUCGGCACCCCGCAUCAUGACGAAGAUCUUGAAAACGGUAUUGAAUAAGGAUGAGAAGAUAGACUCUGCCACGCAGUCCUACAUUGAUGACAUUCUACUGGAUGAGAGCAAGGUAACAUCUGCUGCACUGGUGAAGCACCUGGCCAACUAUGGGUUGACAACGAAAGAACCAGAGCCAUUGGAUGGUGGCGCCGCAUUAGGUUUGAAGUUGAAAUCUGAUUCCACAGGAGAUCUCAUAUUUUCCAGAGCCAACAGGAUUCCCCAUGCAGUGUUUAAAGUCACCAAACGGGAGUUGUUCUCGAUCUGCGGAAAACUUACAGGUCAUUAUCCGGUUGCUGGAUGGUUAAGGAUAGCAUGCAGCUACAUAAAGAGAAGGGCAAAUGGUACCAAUUGGGAGGAGAUUGUAAACGAUGAAGUGGAGAAAAUGUUGAAGGAAAUGUUGAGCCGUUUGACUAAUGAGGAUCCCGUCAAAGGCAAAUGGUACGUGCCUAAAGCAACCAAAGGAACCGUAUGGUGUGAUGCUAGCAGUAUCGGAUAUGGUGUGUUACUUGAGGUCAAUGGCAACGCGGUAGAGGAUGCUGCAUGGCUUCGGAAACCUUCAGAUUUUGAUCAUAUCAACGUAGCAGAGCUGGAGGCUGUGAUGAAAGGUGUAAACAUGGCCAUCAAGUGGAACAUCUCUGAAAUCGAAGUUAUCACUGACUCAGCAACGGUGGCUGGUUGGAUCAAAACUGUUCUAUCGGAAGAGAGGAGAGUGCACACCAAAGGGGCAGCGGAGUUGAUUGUGAAGAGACGAUUAGGGAUAUUGAAAAGCCUUAUUAAUGAGUUUGGUCUGGUUUUGUCGGUCACCUUGGUUCCGACCAGAAAGAACAAAGCAGACAUUCUGACAAGAGUGAAAAAGGAGUGGUUAAGCACUGGCGGGUAUGGAAUGGAGGAAGGAGAACCAGAACCAUGCGUUUGUGCUACUGGCCAUCUUGACUUGAAAGACUUGCACGAUAUGCACCAUAUGGGGGUAGACCGUACUUUGUAUUUGGCUCGGAAGGUGCUACCAGAAACGAGCCGUGCUGAUGUUAAAAAAGUCGUACAAGCUUGUGAGCAAUGUCAGUCUAUCGAUCCUGCACCAGUUGUCCAUGAGGCGGGCAACCUAGAUGUCGCUACAGACUGGACAAGAUUGGCAAUAGACAUAACUCACCAUCAUCAAGUGCCAUACCUGUCAAUUGUUGAUUGUGGCCCAGGGCGAUUCGCAAUUUGGAAGAAACUGAGGAGAGAGACAGCAGGGUUUGUGACAGAAGUAGUUGAAGAACUCAUGUUAGAGAGAGGACCAGUGCGCGAGAUCUUAAUGGAUAAUGGCACAGUGUUUCGUUCAGAUUGUUUUUGGCAGAUGCUUCAGAAAUGGAAUAUCAAACCAUUGUUCAGAGCUGCAUAUAGGCCUACGGGGAACGGGAUUGUUGAGAGACACCAUCGUACAGUGAAGUCCAUUGCAGAAAGAGGAAACAUUCCCCCCCAAGAAGCUGUGUUUUGGUACAACUCAACACCAAGGGCAGGUUUGGACCCAGCAUCAGUGCCACAGAGAGCUGUCUACCGUUAUGAUUGGAGAAACCAUAUCGUUGUUAAUGAAGAAGAAGACGGGCCUGGAAGAUUUGAAGUUGGAGAUGAUGUUUGGGUUAAACCACCCCAGAGCAAAUGUACGACUAAGUGGAAUAGAGGUACGGUUACAGGAGUAAACUCGAUCAACAAUGUUGCUGUCGAUGGUAUGGCUCGUCACGUUCUCGAUGUUAGAAGAGUGGUACGAGAUGUAACUUCAGAGGAAGAGGAUGAUGAGGGAGGUGGCGGUGAACAGCAAACCUUGCAAACCCUGACGAGAAACGAAGGUGCAGGUGAACCCCCUCCCAGGCGGUAUCCUGAUCGAGUCAGGAAAACCCCCGGUUGGUUGGUGGACUAUGAAACUCAGUAA